AUGAGGCGUGAUUACGACCUUAGGGUUAGGUUUCUGGCCUAUCAGGAGGGAGAUAUAGUCUAUGUUCUGGACACAGCCACCGUGAAGGAGAAAUGUCGUAAGCUCAGCCCCUCAUGGAAGGGUCCAAGUUUGGUGGUCAAUAAGCUUAGUGCUCACCUCUACCGAGUUAGGACCAAGACCACAGUAAUGCUGGUCAACCACGACUGCAUGAAGAAGUGUGAUGACCGCGACUUACCUCGUUGGCUUGCUAAUGCCAGGGAGAGGUAUCUAGCAGAAAGGGACUUGUGUCAUGUUGUAGUCCACUCAAGUACCCCCAUAGAGGCCGUGUCGGAACCAGGUGGCACCCCAAAGAUGGAGGACUUACCCAUACCCAGAAGCUUGGACGGGGAAGACCGCGUAAACACCGCGCGCCUUCGCAGGCACCUUCGAGUACCAACUCGGGGGAAAACGCGCUAUUGUCUCUACCGGCAGGCGGACGAUGGCAAGUUAAUGAUUCAGAGUGACAGGUGCGAGGAGUGGACUCCAUGCGAAGAGUGUGGGAGUGACUCUGGAAGAUGCAGAGAGAAUGGAUAG